CAAAUGGAUUUGCGUUUGCAUUGAAUUGUCGUUACAUUUGAUACGAAAACAACAAAAACAGUGUUUUGUGUCCAAAGCAGUGGUUGUGUGCGAUAUGAGGGAUCAGUUUAGCGGUCAUGCCAUCCGUGUCCACAGAGACCAAUGAGUGACACAAAUGUCUUAUCUUAAGAAUCCGGACGUCAAUGACAACCUCGCGAGCCAUGAGCCCAUCAGUGAUCGCCUGACAGCCGAAGACAUCGAUGGCGGACACCGUCUGACAGACAAUAGCCUUAACAAAGACACUGACAUUCAGACGGUCUCUUCGGGAAGCGCUCUAAACGCAGAUUCGUGUGAGACUGCGAUCAACGACAGCGACGUCUUGGAUGUGGAUCUGAUCCAAGAGGUGAAGCCAAUACUGAAGCGAAAGAGUUUAGACGAGACAGAGAUCAAGACAUUGCCGUCGAUACUGAAGAAGAACCACUCAUUCGAGUGGUCGUCCAAACAGGCGGUCCUAAAGCGCCACUCAUUGGGCUCUGAAUGGGAUCACCGAAAUCCUGCUCUUCUGAUGAGCGCUGAGAUCGACAUCACGUCUCCGACGCCUUCUUCUUCUUCCAGCCGAAAGCCUUCUUCGAGAAUCCAUUCGAUACUCAAACACAAGAGUUUGGACGAGAAGUGCGUCCAAUCGGCGAGAGAUGACUACAAUCUGCCGAAACCUAUACUCAAGAAGAAUCUGAGUAUCGAAGACGAGAUCGAGAAAUGCCUGUCUCUGACAAAUCUGAACAACGGAUCCGCCAAUGGCUCCAACCAUUCGGUAACCGCCAGUAGUUCCGGUCAAUCAACCAGUAGUCCAAUGACUCACCCCAUAGACGGCCCCAGAAAUACUAGAAGUAUAUUAAAGACUGGUUCUGAACAACAGCUAAGAGUGCGAACCGUUAUGACCCGACCCGUGGAGGUGAAGGGUAUCCUCAAAACAGGCCAUAAGAACGGUUCCAAUGAUUCAAAGCCAGUCAAAAGUGCUCUUAAGAAGUCCGACCAAUCCAUUGAGAAUAAGUCUGAAGUGAAAUCGAUACUCAAGUCUGAGAGCAUCGGAUCAAAUGAGAUGAUCAACACAUCCGACUCUAACUCGUCGUCCGGCGAUGAGGGCAUCGAUGCGGACAACCCGUCGUCCACUGCCAACGCCAUCAAAGGUGAGGAUCACAUGAUGUCGUCGACCAGUAAUAACGGCUGUAGUGAUGAUAAUCACCACAAGAGUAACGGAAACUCUGUUGAAACGCCUAAUUCAUGUGCUCUAAGAGACACCGAAGAAAACCCGAAUCAAAGAUUUUUGUUGAAUAAUCGCCGGUUAGACCACAAGCGACCGGCCAGUUGUAUAACUAUGAGUACGACGAACCCCAUUGUGAUUGAUGGCGAGCCGCCGCCCACAUCGAGCACCGCCAGCGCCGCUGACGUGAGGAAGUCGGUCAGCGGAUCCAUUUCCGAACGAUUGGCAGCUCUUAAGCAUAACGGCGAAGAGAAUUGGAAGAAACGGAUCUCGAAAGUAGACGACAAGGAUGUGGUGCUAAGAGUGCCAACCAAUGGCAACAAAGCGGCGGUGGCCAGGAAUAGGGCGACCAGUAUUGCCGAGAGAAUGUCACUUCUGGAGGACUCGAGCGUGAAGUGGAAGAAUAGAGUGGAGGAUAAGGACGUCAAGCAGUUCACAGUCGAAGGCAAACUGUCCGAAACGGAUAUCGUUGUCACCAAAACGCCAGACAUUCAGCGAAAGACACCGAAAGCUGUGCCCUUUCGCAGCGAAAAGACUGCAGAGAUGUUGAACUCAAUGCUGAAAAAGGACAGACAAGUUGUGGUGCCAAAAGUGGUGACAACCGACACGUCCAUUGCCAGUGAUACUCAAACUACUACUCAGUGUUCAAAAGCGAAUUCGGAAGCAGUGGUCGUCUCUGUGCAGAAGACAGACGAUGAAGAGUUUAAUUCAUUCUUUAAUUGCGAAAUCAAUUUCAAUACUAACGGAGCGAAUGAGACAAUAAGUGAUGAAUCGUUUGACAAGUUAGGGGUCGGAGUGUCUAACCUAUUAACCCAAAAGAGAGCGUCUGUGAGACCGCAGACCAGACGCAAGACUUCUUCGAAUCCGAUCCGCAGUCUAAACGCCAGAACAGACUUUACGGUCGAGUCUUAUGUCGAGACACCAGUCAUGGAGACCAUCAAAACGGACGACAAUAUUAGUCUGAGACCAAAGAAGUCGAAAGAUUUGGUGAAAUCUUCGAGUUUUGCUGCGUCUGCGUUGGCAGGACUGGCCAGUCGUGAGGACUUCAAGGCAGUGGCCGGAAAACUAAGGAGUUCGGGCACCGCGUCGUCCCGAGACAGCUGGAAGUCCUACGAUAUGCCGAACUCCAUACAGAGCCUAAUGGUUGUGCAGAUCAAAGGGCGCCGCAGGGCUCAGACGCGUCUCGUCGAGCCGGACAUGAAGUCGAUGAAUGCGGGCGACUGUUAUAUACUGGUGUCGAGGGAACGGGUGAUUGUGUUGAUCGGCCUGUUCUCGAAUGUCAUCGAAAAGACCAAAGCGCUGGAAGUGGCGAAUCAGAUCCAAGAGAAAAAGGAUCUGUGCUUCCGGUCGUCCAAUCCGGUGGUUGUCAUCGAUUGCCAAAAACCGGAAUCCAUUUCCCCGCGAAACAGGGAUUUGUUUUUGACUCAAUUGGGCGCCAAAUCCAUGGACUCUAUCGGUCCGCCCGGUAAUACCGAUGAGGACGAGGUAUACGAAGACACCAUAAUUGGCACGAAUAUGAUAUAUCGUGUGAAUAACGAGCAAUUAGUUCCAUACGAGGAAUACUGGGGUCGGGUUCCACGGUAUGAGAUGCUCGACACCGACCAGUGCUAUGUGUUUGACAUGGGGUCAGAGAUGUAUGUGUGGGUCGGCAAUAGGGCCGAGUCGGUG